GUCUGCUAGCCUUCGAGGGCGAUCGGAAAAUCCCUCUGUUUGGCCAGCAUUCUCAUAGAAGUUCUCCCCGAGAAAUGGCUCUCUUCGGGUUCGGCCAGAGCGCCGACAUUGACAUCGUUCUCGAUGGCACUCAGACUCGACCACUCGCAGAAAUUAAAACCGAAGAGGGCAAGAAGGAGAAGCAUUAUCUGUAUUACGACGGCGAGUCAGUCUCCGGCAAAGUGAAUAUUUCGUUGCGCAAGGCGGGCUCACGCUUGGAGCACCAAGGCAUCAAAAUAGAAUUCAUCGGCCUCAUCGAGUUGUACUACGACAGAGGCAACCAUCACGAGUUCACAUCCAUCUCAAAGGAGCUUGCGAGACCCGGGGACCUCAUCCAAAACACCAGCUUUCCUUUCGAGUUCCAUAACGUAGAGAAGCCCUACGAAAGUUACACCGGAGCGAAUGUUCGACUCAGAUAUUUUCUUCGAGUGACAAUUGUUCGACGACUCACAGACACUGUAAAAGAAAUGGAAAUCGUUGUCCAUACGCUAUCUUCGUAUCCCGAUAUGAACUCAAGCAUCAAAAUGGAGGUCGGAAUCGAGGAUUGCCUCCACAUCGAAUUCGAAUACAACAAGAGCAAAUAUCACCUGAAGGAUGUCAUUGUAGGGAAGAUCUACUUUUUGUUGGUGCGCAUUAAAAUCAAGCACAUGGAAAUAGCGAUCAUCAAACGUGAAACGACCGGCGCCGGGCCGAAUACGUUUACGGAAAACGAAACGAUCGCGAAAUACGAGAUUAUGGAUGGAGCCCCUGUUAGAGGCGAGAGUAUACCGAUCAGAUUGUUCCUCGCGGGCUACGAAUUGACUCCGACGAUGAAGGAUAUCAACAAGAAGUUCUCAGUGAGGUACUAUCUGAACCUUGUACUGGUAGACGAGGAGGAGCGAAGAUACUUCAAACAACAGGAGAUCAUCCUCUGGCGUAAAGGAGAGAAGGUUCGGAAGCCCGUGCAGAUGAUUCAGUCGCCUCCUGUCGAGCGUCCUGUUACCCUGUCGACACCUUCAUCACCACAAUCACUUCCCGAACAAGAUGGCGAGAAGAACUUCACCCGCGAAGAUCAGGAUCAGGUCAACCCUCUUCCACUGCCAUUCCCCGUUAACAAAGAGAACGUCGCCGUAUGCAAUAGUGACGGGGAACAGUGAGUUUUGGGCUGCGUUCUGUCCGCGGGUGUCGUCCUCUGUAAAUUAUUCUAUUGAAUUUUACCUAUUAUUCAUUGCCGUCUCGAUUAUGGAUGAUGAGAGAAAUAAUAAAAACUGCAACAACGACAGCGAACUUUUA